GCCAUUCAACGUUCUGUGACCUCUCUUCCCGUCCUUUCUUCGAGGAAACAAAAAAAAAAAAAAGAAAGAACAUUUCUAGGGUUUGUUCCUCGAAAAUCCAAAUUUUUCGAAUUCCAGAUUAGCUUUUCGCCGGAGAGAAGACAGGAGAGAGGGUUUCGGAAAAAAAGGAAGAUGAGAGGUUGUGAUCUAUUUGACCCUAAGACGACGGAGAUGGAUUCCACCAGUUUCUCUCGCGGCGACUCGUCCCCCGGUGCUGAUUUCGGUUUCGCUUUCAACGACAGCAACUUCUCCGACCGUUUGCUCCGAAUCGAGAUCCUCGGUGACGGUGAUGAAGGUUGUUGCACGAGUAUGGCCGAUUGGGCUCGUCAUCGCAAGAUGAGAAGAGAGGAUCAUAACAAUGGCGUUGGUGACAUUGUGUCAUGUCCUGAAGAGCAGAUUAUAACCGAUGACAACCAACCUGACAUGGAUGAUUGUUGUCCUGGUGGUGACGAUCAAGGAGAUGCAAUGUUGGAAGAGGCUCUAUCAGGUGAUGAGGAUGCAUCUAGUGAACGAAACUGGGGAAUGGAGGACCAUUCCACUGUUGUUAAUGUUAAGGAACUUCAUAUUAGUUCUCCUAUCUUGGCUGCUAAAAGCCCCUUUUUCUACAAGCUCUUCUCCAAUGGAAUGAGGGAAUCAGCACAAAGACAUGUAACCCUUAGAAUUAGUGCACAAGAGGAAGGUGCUUUGAUGGAGCUUUUGAACUUUAUGUACAGCAGCUCUCUAACGGUCACAACAGCACCUGCUUUACUAGACGUGCUUAUGGCUGCUGACAUGUUUGAGGUUGCAUCCUGCAUGAGGUAUUGCAGCAGACUUCUCCGCAACUUGCCUAUGACCCCCGAUUCCGCUUUGCUCUAUCUCGACCUUCCCUCCACUGUUUUAAUGGCUGAAGCAGUCCAACCUCUAACCGAUGCUGCCAAGCAGUUCCUUGCCUCCCGCUACAAGGAUAUUACCAAGUAUCAAGAAGAGGUUAUGGCCUUGCCCUUGGCUGGAAUCGAGGCGAUACUAUCGAGCGACGAUCUCCAAAUUGCUUCUGAGGAUGCUGUUUAUGAUUUCGUGUUGAAAUGGGCAAGGGGGAAGUACAGUUCAUUGGAAGAGCGUAGAAAGAUUCUUGGUUCACGCCUUGCGCUCUGCAUCCGCUUCCCAUACAUGACGUGCCGAAAACUCAAGAAGGUACUAACGUGCAGUGACUUCGAGCACGAGGUCGCAUCGAAGCAGGUUCUAGAAGCGCUCUUCUUCAAAGCAGAAGCCCCGCACAGGCAACGCAUUCUAGCCGCCGAAGGAUCAGUCUCCACGAAGAACCGCCGUUUCAUUGAGAGGGCUUACAAAUACAGACCCGUGAAAGUCGUGGAGUUCGAGCUCCCUCGUCCGCAGUGUGUAGUGUACCUGGACUUGAAGCGGGAGGAGUGCGCGGGACUGUUCCCUUCGGGGAGAGUCUAUUCUCAAGCUUUUCAUUUAGGAGGUCAGGGCUUCUUCCUCUCGGCGCACUGCAACAUGGACCAGCAAAGCUCUUUCCACUGCUUCGGGCUGUUCCUUGGGAUGCAAGAGAAAGGUGCUGUGAGUUUCGGUGUGGACUAUGAGUUCGCAGCUAGGCAGAAACCUUCGCAGGAUUACUCGAGCAAAUACAAAGGGACCUACACAUUCACUGGUGGGAAAGCGGUUGGUUAUAGAAACCUUUUUGCGAUUCCUUGGACUUCGUUUAUCGCUGAGGAUAGUCAGUACUUCAUCAAUGGCGUUCUCCAUCUCCGAGCUGAGCUCACCAUUAACAGACCUUAACUGAUCCAGCUUCCCUCUCCUCUUUUUGUUUGUCUUAUCUCUCCAUAUAUAAGUUCACGUUAUCUCUUUGACGUAGCAGCUCUAAGUUUCUCUAACCAUGAGUCCCUACGGAGAAAGUAAAGUUUUAAAAGUGAGCACUCUGUAAAUUUGAAUGAACGUAUGGUACUAUUUUUUGGGCCGUGAAAAUGUAAAUAAAGCUAGGCCUUAAAACG